GAGGAUAAGCAGCUUAGAAAAUGGAUGGAUGGAUUAAUGUUCUUCAAAUCGGUGGCGACCAUUUGCAUGACCCAAGCAGCAUUGUUAAAUCCCCCCACAGCCGCACGCUUCUUCGGCACCCCACCCUGACGUGUGGCCCACGCCUGGACUUUUGGACUUGCACUGGAAUGUGCUUUAGGCAGAAACCUAAUCCACAACAAACACAGCAGCUAAAAAUAGAAAAAGUCACUCAGUCGGUCAGAUAGAUACUUCAGAGGUCUUUGGUCUCUGCACAGCGUGGUGAGGCAGUGGAAAUAACCGAUAGUCAACUGAGUGAAUUUGUAUGAUCCUCGAAAAGCUUCUGGAAACUUUGUCUUGUGCUUUUUGUCUUUUGGACUGCAUCACCGUUUGAUGAACUUUGCCCUUCAGGCAGCGGGAAGUGCGGCGGGUCGCGGCUCAACGGGCGACGGAGGUUCGAACAUGGAGAACCUCCAAAAGCAGCUGGUGUGUCCCGUCUGCCUGGAGAUGUUCUCCAAGCCUGUCGUCAUCCUGCCCUGCCAGCACAACCUAUGCAGGAAGUGCGCCAACGAUGUCUUCCAGUCGUCCAACCCGUCAUGGCAGUCCCGCAGCUCGACCAGCGUGGGAAGCCGCUUCCGCUGCCCGUCGUGUCGCCAAGAGGUGGUCCUGGACCGCCACGGAGUCUACAGUCUGCAGAGGAAUCUGCUGGUGGAGAACAUCAUCGACGCGUACCGGAGACAACAGGACUCCAGGAUGUCCAGCGUGAAGCCGGAGUCGCUGAUGUGCGAGGAGCACGAGGACGAGAAGAUCAACAUCUACUGUUUGUCCUGUCAGAUGCCGACGUGCUCCAUGUGCAAAGUGUUCGGAUGCCACAAAGAGUGUGACGUGGCGCCGCUCAGCAGCGUCUAUGUCAGACUCAAGACGGAAUUGAGUGACAGCAUCGCCGGACUUGUUGCCAGCAAUGACAACAUCCAGGCUGCCAUCACGCACAUGGAGGGAGUGUGCAACGCUGUCCAAGAGAACGCUCACCACCGCCGCGAGGAAAUCACCAGCCAGUUUGAGGCUCUAACGGCAAUCUUGGAUGAGCGCAAGCAGCAGCUGGUGGGCCUGAUCACCAGGGAGCAAGACGAUGAGCUGCAGCGUAUACGGCAACUCAUCGGUGAGCAUGGGCAGAGGUUGGAGGACUGGAGAGAGCUGGUGGAGACGGCCGUGCACGCGGCGGACCACACGCACGCAGCGGUCUUUGUCCAGAAUGUCAACGUCAUACUGGACAAGAUGUCGGCGUGCGCUCGUGAUGCCAACGUCCUGCGGCCGCAGUUGUCUUUCGACAACAUGAGCCAUUUUGUCAUCGACGUGGACGACAUCGCAGAGAUGUUGAACGACAUCCACUUCCAACACGGUGAAGACAACCUCGAAGACGACUCCGAAGUGGACUGACAGUCUCCACCCGCAUGUUGUGAGCCGAGCAGACAAGCAGGUCAACAGGUCAAAACCCACGUUGGCUCCCUAAGGUCCCUGAUCUCCAUGAGCUUCCUUCACUCCAGGAAGUCCCUGAUGAGGUCCCUGCAUUCACAACAAGGGUCCCCGAUCUGACUGAAGGGGUUCGUGGAUUUAUCAUGAGGUUUUUGCAGUAAUUUGACUUGUCAUCACUCUUUGUUGUGUGUAUUUUUCUUUUGCAUAUGGAAGUAUUGUUAAUAAAAAAAAGUCAUAUCUUCUUGUUUCAAACCAGGUUCGAGACUCUCACUUUUAAAUCUUCCAUGUUUAUUUUAAACAGCCACACGCCUUUGCUUUCCGCUAGCUUCAGGCUAAUACGGGCCAAGCGACGGAUACUUGAACACAAACAGCGCGGCAACACAUGCGGAUAGACAUCAAGA